AACCAAAAAGGCUAGAACCAAUACGGAACCGCGCCUCAAGAACAUACAGAACUCAAUCGAGUAACACACUGUGCUUCAUCUUCAUGCCCCGCAUUUUAGUUCGAUCAUAAUAUCAUUCAAUGAGAUUACGCUCAGCAUCAUCAUUGAAAACUUCAAAGGUCGCUAACAAUGAAGUGAUUUAUGUGAAGGGAGAAACAGAAACUAACUCAGAACAUGGAACAAAAAUUGUUUAUACUCGUCGAAGAAAGAAGGGUAAGCCUGUAAGAGAUGUGAUAGGAAGUGUAAUUUCAUCAUUGCCAUCAUACCUGAGCGAUAUUCCCCGGCGACCGCGAACAAAGAAGAAAAAAUUCAAGGCUGAAGAAGCUCUCCCUAGACCCAAGCUAGACAGUGGAGUCUUUGAUAAUAACUUAGUGAAAAUAUGGAACAGUUUCUCAGAAGAUAAGAGGAAGCCCUUUGCAUACUUUGACAGCUUAUGGUUUAGCCUUUACAGGGCUGCUUCAUCCAAAGACAAGGUGCUGACUUGGAUUAAAAAAGAACAUAUUUUCUCAAAGGCAUAUGUUUUUGUUCCUAUAGUCUGCUGGGGUCACUGGAGUCUUUUGAUCUUCUGCCAUUUUGGUGAGAGCUUGCAGUCAACUACUAGAUCGCGGUGUAUGUUGUUGCUGGAUUCUCUUGAAAUGGUGAAUCCAAGACGCCUUGAACCAGACAUAAGAAGGUUUGUUGUAGACAUUUAUAAAGCAUGGGACAGGCCAGAGACUAAGAAUCUCAUAUAUCAGAUUCCUUUAUUGGUUCCCAAGGUGCCUCAACAAAGAGACGGUAAUGAAUGUGGGAACUUCGUCCUUUAUUUCAUUAACUUGUUUUUGAGAUGUGCUCCUGAGAAUUUUAGCAUGGGCGGGUACCCUUACUUCAUGAAAAAAGAUUGGUUUACCUUUGAAGACUUUGACAGGUUUUGUGAGAGACUUUAUUCAUUGAAUUAAAUGCCCCCAAAUUUGAGUACACUGGGAUUAACACACUUCAUUACUGAUUAUUAUAUACAUAAAUAGUAAGGGGGUUUGUUCAUAUAGGAGGCAAGGAUAUCCAGUUUUUUUGCGAAGUAGAGAUAGUACACUACUCCUCUUCUAUGCAUAUAGUUCAACUUCAUGGAAUGCCAAUGUGUUGGAAUUGAAAUUUACUGUACCAUGUUGGCUUCUGUAGAUGCAGUUGUUAAAGUUAUGUCAUGUUCAGAUUGAUAGUAGCAGUGUUUAUAUUAGCUUAUAUAACACAAUUGGUAUAGUUAUUUAGUCUAAGAGUUUCAACUUGGUGAAUGUGAUCUGUUUCUGUGUACAUUCGAGAUAGAGAUUUGAACAUAUUUGACAAUGAAGUAGAAAUUGAAAUCUGAUUUUCAACUUGGUGAA